AUGCAGAAGGGGAUGCGGCUCAAUGACGGGCACGUCACCUACCUGGGGCUGCUGGCGAAGAAGGACGGCGCCAGGAAGGGCUACCUGAGCAAGCGGAGCUCCGACAACACAAAAUGGCACACCAAGUGGUUCGCGCUGCUGCAGAACAUGCUCUUCUACUUCGAGACCGACUCCAGCUCCCGGCCCUCGGGGCUCUACCUGCUCGAGGGCUGCGUCUGCGACCGGGCGCCCUCCCCCAAGCCCUCCCUCUCGGCCAAGGACUCCCUGGAGAAGCAGCAUUACUUUACCGUUAAUUUCAACCAUGAGAACCAGAAGACCCUGGAGCUGAGGACCGAGGAUGCCAAGGACUGCGACGAGUGGGUGGCAGCCAUAGCUCACGCCAGCUACAGGAACCUGGCGACGGAGCACGAGGCGCUGAUGCAGAAGUACCUCCAUCUCCUGCAGAUUGUGGAAACGGAGAAGACUGUUGCCAAGCAACUCCGCCAGCAGAUCGAGGACGGGGAGAUCGAGAUCGAGCGCUUAAAGGCCGAGAUCGCCUCGCUGCUCAAGGACCACGAGCGCAUCCAGGCCGGCCAGACCAGCGCGCCCAGCGACGACGACAGCGACAUCAAGAAAAUCAAGAAGGUGCAGAGCUUCCUGCGGGGCUGGCUGUGCCGGAGGAAGUGGAAGACCAUCAUCCAGGACUACAUCAGGUCCCCCCAUGCCGACAGCAUGCGCAAGAGGAACCAGGUCGUCUUCAGCAUGCUGGAGGCGGAGGCCGAGUACGUCCAGCAGCUCCACAUCCUCGUCAACAACUUCCUGCGGCCGCUGCGGAUGGCGGCCAGCUCCAAGAAGCCUCCCAUCACGCACGACGACGUCAGCAGCAUAUUCCUCAACAGCGAAACAAUCAUGUUUUUGCACCAAAUCUUUUACCAAGGCCUGAAGGCAAGGAUAUCCAGCUGGCCGACGCUCGUGCUGGCCGACUUGUUCGACAUCCUGCUGCCCAUGCUGAACAUCUACCAGGAGUUCGUGAGGAACCACCAGUACAGCCUGCAGAUCCUGGCGCACUGCAAGCAGAACCGGGACUUCGACAAGCUGCUGAAGCACUACGAGGCCAAGCCUGACUGCGAGGAGAGGACCCUGGAGACCUUCCUGACCUACCCCAUGUUCCAGAUCCCCAGGUACAUCCUGACGCUGCACGAGCUGCUGGCUCACACCCCGCACGAGCACGUGGAGAGGAACAGCCUGGAUUACGCCAAGUCCAAGCUGGAAGAGCUCUCCAGGAUAAUGCACGAUGAAGUGAGUGAGACCGAAAAUAUUCGAAAAAAUCUGGCGAUAGAGAGGAUGAUUAUUGAAGGGUGUGAAAUUCUGCUGGACACCAGCCAGACUUUCGUAAGACAAGGGUCCCUCAUCCAAGUGCCGAUGUCGGAGAAAGGGAAGAUCACGCGGGGGCGGCUGGGCUCCCUCUCGCUGAAGAAGGAGGGCGAGCGGCAGUGCUUCCUCUUCUCCAAGCACUUGAUCAUCUGCACCAGGGGCUCCGGAGGCAAGCUGCAUCUAACCAAGAACGGCGUGAUCUCCCUCAUCGACUGCACGCUGGUAGAGGAGCAGGAGAGCACCGACGAGGACGCAAAAGCGUCGGGGCAAGACAUCGACCAUCUUGACUUCAAAAUCGUGGUGGAGCCAAAAGAUUCCUCGUCUUUUACGGUUAUCCUCGUGGCCUCGUCCAGGCAGGAGAAGGCUGCGUGGACCAGCGACAUCAGCCAGUGCGUGGACAACAUCCGCUGCAACGGCCUCAUGAUGAAUGCCUUCGAGGAGAACUCCAAGGUCACCGUCCCCCAGAUGAUCAAGUCUGAUGCCAGCUUGUAUUGUGAUGAUGUUGACAUUAGGUUCAGUAAAACGAUGAAUUCCUGCAAGGUCCUGCAGAUCCGCUAUGCAAGUGUGGAACGGCUCCUGGAGAGGCUGACGGACCUGCGGUUCCUGAGCAUUGACUUUCUGAACACGUUCCUGCAUUCGUACCGCGUCUUCACCACCGCCCUGGUCGUCCUCGACAAGCUCAUCACGAUCUACAAGAAGCCGAUCAGUGCCAUCCCUGCACGGUCCCUGGAGCUCCUGUUUGCAAACAGCCAGAACAACAAGCUGCUGUACGGCGAGCCCCCCAAGUCCCCCAGAGCCAACCGCAAGUUCUCCUCGCCUCCCCCCCUCUCCAUCACCAAGUCCUCGUCCCCCAGCCGGCGGAGGAAGCUCUCCCUCAACAUCCCCAUCAUCACAGGAGGGAAGGCGCUGGACCUGGCUGCUCUGAGCUGCUCCUCCAACGGCUAUGCAAGCAUGUACUCCUCCAUGGCCCCCUUCAGUAAGACCACCCUGGACAUAAACAAACUGUACGUGUCCAGUAACUAUCCCAAUAAAAUCCCUGACGAAGGAGAAGCAGCCUCAGAAAAGCAAGAGGAGUCGCUGCCGAGCAAGCAAAGCUCAGAGGUGUCUGUCAGGGAAGAGUCGGACACGGAUCCCAACCAGAGCGAUGAAGCAGAAGCUGAAGCUUCCCCAACAAAAUCUCCGACUACUCCUAAGUCCAUCAAGUGCAAAAAUUCAUCAGAUUUCUCGUUGUUUUCUUACAACAACGGCGUAGUCAUGACGUCCUGCCGGGAGCUCGACAGCACCCGCAGCGCCCUGUCCGCUGCCUCUGCAUUCGCCAUUGCCACGGCGGGAGCCAAUGAGGGGACCCCCACCAAGGAGAAGUACCGCAGGAUGUCCCUCGCCAGCGCAGGCUUUCCGACGGACCAGCGGAACGGAGACAAGGAGUUUGUGAUCCGGAGAGCGGCCACCAACCGGGUCCUCAAUGUGCUGCGGCACUGGGUCUCCAAACACUCGCAGGACUUUGAAACCAACGAGGAGCUGAAGUUCAGAGUGAUCGGCUUUCUGGAGGAGGUCAUUCACGACCCUGAGCUCCUGACGCAGGAGAGGAAAGCAGCCGCCAACAUCAUAAGGACCUUGACGCAGGAGGAUCCAGGAGACAAUCAGAUAACCCUGGAGGAGGUCGUACAGAUGGCUGAGGGAGUCAAAGCAGAACCUUUUGAAAACCACUCGGCCCUGGAAAUCGCAGAACAGCUGACGCUGCUGGAUCACCUGGUCUUCAAGAAGAUCCCGUAUGAAGAGUUCUUUGGGCAAGGUUGGAUGAAGCUUGAGAAGAACGAAAGGACUCCUUACAUCAUGAAGAACACAAAACACUUUAAUGACGUCAGUAACUUGAUAGCGUCGGAGAUCCUCCGGAACGAGGAGAUCAACGCGCGGGUGAGCGCCAUCGAGAAGUGGGUGGCGGUGGCGGACAUCUGCAGGUGCCUGCACAACUACAACGCGGUGCUGGAGAUCACCUCCUCCCUCAACCGCAGUGCCAUCUUCCGCCUGAAGAAAACCUGGCUCAAGGUCUCCAAGCAGACGAAGGCUCUGAUCGAUAAGCUACAAAAGCUGGUGUCGUCGGAGGGCAGGUUCAAGAACCUGAGGGAGGCACUGAAAAAUUGUGACCCUCCGUGCGUUCCCUACCUGGGAAUGUACCUGACCGACCUGGCGUUCAUCGAGGAGGGGACCCCGAAUUACACCGAGGACGGCCUGGUGAACUUCUCCAAAAUGAGGAUGAUUUCACACAUCAUAAGAGAGAUCCGCCAGUUCCAGCAAACCUCCUACAAGAUUGAGCACCAGCCUAAGGUGACGCAGUACCUGCUGGACCAGUCGUUUGUGAUGGACGAAGAAACCCUUUACGAAGCUUCUCUGCGAAUAGAGCCCAAACUGCCUUCUUGA